AUGGAAGUAGCAACCCUUCAGCCGUAUGAUUGCCUGAAAAGACACCAUAACCACCGCCGUCAACUCAUUUCUCCGGCGGUUAAACCUAACUCUAACCCUAACCCUAGAUCUAACCGUAGAAGACGCAACUCGCCUCCUCCUUCAGGUAAAGCCCAACAGGCCCGGCCCAGAAGCCCGCCCAUUUUAGGUCAAAUCCGGAUCUUGAAACGGGGUGAAGAAAUCAGCCUUCCCCUUCCUCAACCAGCAAAGAAAUCUGAACCGGAGUCCCGGUCCUUUUCCGGUCCGGUUCUUGAUGGGUUCUACGCCGGUUCAGCUUUUGUGACGUCACCUCCACCGAGUGAACUUCCAUUGCCGGCGUUCUUUACGAGGAGAAACUGCGGUGAAGCUCACAACCAAGAGAUCGCGUGUGAGUUAAGGAGAGUUUUGAAGCUUCAAUGUUGA